GCUGCGCGCGCGCGCUGCCGGCUGGGCCCCGCCCCUCCCUCCCCCUUCCCGGGCACGCGGGGUGUUCGGGCACCGCAGCCAUGUGCUCCUUAGCGUCGGGCGCUACGGGCGGCCGGGGCGCCGUGGAGGAGGACGAGGAUCUGCCCGAGCUGUCAGACAGCGGUGACGAGGCCGCCUGGGAGGACGAGGACGAGGCCGAGCUCCCCCACGACAGGCCGCAGACCCCAUGCCUGUUCUGUGACAGGUUAUUCACAUCUGCUGAAGAAACAUUUUCACACUGUAAGACAGAGCAUCAAUUUAAUAUAGACAGCAUGGUCCAUAAGCAUGGACUUGACUUUUAUGGAUACAUUAAACUAAUAAACUUUAUUAGGCUUAAGAAUCCCACAGUUGAGUAUAUGAAUUCCAUAUACAACCCAGUGCCUUGGGAGAAAGAAGAAUAUUUGAAGCCAGUAUUAGAAGAUGACCUUUUACUUCAGUUUGAUGUAGAAGAUCUCUAUGAGCCUAUGUCUGUCCCAUUCUCGUAUCCCAAUGGACUCAGUGACAGUACAUCUGUUGUUGAGAAAUUGAAACACAUGGAAGCCAGGGCGCUAUCUGCCGAAGCUGCAUUAGCUAGAGCACGGGAGGAUCUGCAAAGAAUGAAACAAUUUGCUCAGGAUUUUGUGAUGAACGCAGAUGUCAGAACCUGCUCGUCAUCUACUGCCAUUGCAGACCUCCAGGAGGAUGAGGAUGGUGUUUAUUUCAGCUCCUACGGGCAUUAUGGGAUACAUGAAGAAAUGCUAAAGGACAGAGUACGAACAGAAAGCUACAGAGAUUUUAUAUACCAAAAUGCACAUAUCUUCAAAGAUAAGGUAGUUUUGGAUGUUGGGUGUGGAACUGGAAUUCUGUCUAUGUUUGCUGCUAAAGCUGGAGCAAAGAAAGUUCUUGGAGUUGAUCAAUCCGAAAUUCUUUACCAGGCGAUGGAUAUAAUAAGACUAAAUAAACUUGAAGAUACUGUUACGCUAAUUAAAGGCAAGAUUGAAGAAGUUCAUCUUCCUGUAGAUAAAGUGGAUGUUAUUAUAUCCGAGUGGAUGGGCUAUUUUCUUCUUUUUGAGUCUAUGUUAGAUUCUGUUCUUUAUGCAAAGAACAAAUACUUGGCAAAAGGAGGAUCGGUCUACCCUGACCUUUGCACCAUAAACCUGGUGGCAGUGAGUGAUGUGAAUAAACAUGCUGAAAGAAUCGCUUUCUGGGAUAAUGUCUAUGGCUUCAACAUGUCCUGCAUGAAGAAAGCAGUUAUUCCAGAAGCUAUUGUGGAAGUGUUGGAUCCAAAGACUCUUAUUUCAGACCCUUGUAGUAUUAAGCAUAUAGAUUGUCUUACCACAUCUAUCUCAGAUUUGGAAUUUUCUUCAGAUUUUACCGUGAAGAUCACAAAGUCAUCCAUAUGCACUGCAAUCAUUGGCUACUUUGACAUAUAUUUUGAGAAGAAUUGCCGUAACAGGGUCAUGUUCUCCACGGGCCCCCAGAGUACCAAAACACACUGGAAACAAACAGCAUUUCUACUGGAAAAGCCAUUUUCAGUUAAAGCAGGUGAAGCCUUAAAAGGAAAGAUCACAGUUCACAAGAAUAAGAAGGAUCCUCGUUCUCUUAUUGUGACCCUCAUGUUGAAUAACUCAACUCAGACUUACAGUCUUCAAUGACAAAGCCAUGCAUGCACAGCUAGCUUGCAGGUUUAAUGUGGGGGUAGGGCCAGUAGUAGAUGGGAGACAGCAGGUUUUGGAUAAGGACGUGGAAGAGAUAGGAGGUAGUUCAGCUGAGGACAAGGACCAAGUGAGUGCUUCAUAGUAAUCCCAUUCUUAGAGGUCUGCUCAGCCAGAUUUAAGCAAGUGUUAGCCCCCUCUUGAGUUGCUAUAUUGAAAAUUGUCUAAAUUGGCUUAUAUUUGGAGCAGUGAUAAUUCUUUGUUUUUUAUAAGCUUCUUACUAGAAAUUUUAAUAACAAUUGAUUAGUUUUUAGAUAACAGUUUCCUAAAUUCAUAGCACAAUCAAGUACCCAUUUUAUUGACCAUUUCCUUUGUAAUAAGGAAUAACUUUUAGCAGUAUUUUUGCUAGACUAUCAGGAUAUAGUAGACAGCAAGUGUAAGGAACUGGAAGCAGCCUUCUACAAACUGCAUUU